CGCGCAAAGCGCAGGGGUGUUGAGCAAUCCUAGCUUCCUCUGAGCCCGCAAGACCUGGCACACCAGCCUUGCUCCAAGCGUCUCAGGGCCACGUCUGCCCGGGCAUGGAGGAGGCAGCCGCACGGCCCUCGGUGUUUGUGGUGGACAGACAGACGGACAUCCCAUUUACACGGCUGGAGCGAGGCCACCGGAAACAGGCCUGCAGCGCUGCCCGGCUGGGCCUGAGCCUCCUGCUGCUGCUGCUGGGCACUGGGCUGGCCGUGCAGGGCUGGCUUCUGCUGCAGCUGCAUUGGCGCGUGGAGGAGAUGACUGCCCGCCUGCCGGUCGGGGACAUGGGCUCCUGGGAGCAGCUGGUUCAAGAACGGAGGUCCCACCAGACCAACCCGGCAGCACACCUCACAGGAGCCAAUGCCAGUCUGACGGGCAGUGGGGGCCCACUGCUGUGGGAGACACAGCUGGGCCAGGCCUUCUUGAGGGGCCUGGACUACCACGAUGGGGCCCUGGUGAUAUCAGAGGCUGGCUACUAUUAUAUCUACUCCAAGGUGCAGCUGGGUGGCAUGGGCUGCCCACAGGGACUGGCCGGAAACCUGCCUGUCACGCAUGGCCUUUACAAGCGCACACCCCGCUACCCCAAGGAGUUGGAGCUCUUGGUCAGCCGGCGGUCACCCUGUGGGCGGGCAGCCAGCUCCCGCUUCUGGUGGGACAGCAGCUUCCUGGGCGGUGUGGUGCACCUGGAGGCCGGGGAGGAGGUGGUUGUCCGCGUGCCCGACGAGCGCCUGGUCCGACUACGCGACGGAACGCGGUCCUACUUUGGGGCAUUCAUGGUGUGAUGAUGGAAUGAAGGGGAGACUGGCAGGCAGAGACUUCAGAGGGUGCCUCAGGAGACAGAAAACCCAGCACAAAGAGAUCUCGGGGGCACCUGGGGAACCUCAAAACUCAGGGGCCAAUAACUAAGCCACUUAUAAGACGGAAGAAUAAGCCGGCACUUUCAGAGGACCUAGAACUUCAGAUCCUGUUGUGGACAAUACAGAAGCCAAAGACCCAGAGACUUGGGGGUCCUGUAGGCCCCCAAGUGUGGGGUAAAGCUGAUUUGCCUGAUAUUCAGGAAGAGGGAAUGAGGGGUGGGUAUUUAUGCUUUCGAUUCAGAGCAAAGUGGGACUUGGGGGUUCAGGGAUGUGGCAAGAGGAAGAAAAUGUCACCACCCACCCCACUCUCAUGCGUGUGGGUUGGGGUAGAGUCAUCAUCAGGACUCAUUUCUGUGGAGGGCCCAGCCCAGCCUCACCCACGGUCCUGGUCACACAUUCGAGUCCCACUCACAGGCUUGUGGUCACAUUCAGCCUGGCCACUUAACAUUACGCUCAGAGAGUAAGCCCAGCAGGGAGCUGAAAAACAUUUAACAUCCGGCUCUCCUGGGAGGGGCAAGCUUUGUAGUGUUUGCCUAUUUCUAUGGUGUAAAUACUCCCAACAUGACUGAUUUUCAGCUACUAAUGUAUCAUCCAUCAGCUGGCUACACCAAGCCACUGCUAAGCACACACAUCCCAUGAGGGUGGGGAUUCCACAGAGUGGAGACUGGUGGUCUUGGCCACUGCAGCAAACCCAGCACCCAGCCCAGGGUCGGGCAUGCAGCAAAACCCCAAACCAAACCCGCCACCAUCAAGUCAAAUCUGGCUCAUAGCAACCCUGCAGGACAGAGUAGAACUGCCCCAUACGGUUUCCACGGAGUGGCUGGUGGAUUCAAACCACUAACCUUUUGGUUAGCAGCCAAACAGUUAACCACUGUACCACCAGGGCCCUGGCAUGCAGCCGGCAUUCGGGAAAUGUUUGCUGAUGGAAAGAAAGAGCAAAUGAAUAUAUAUUCACCCCUACAGCAUCACAGAGAAUUAAUUACAUGGCUCCACAAUCUCAGUCACCCUUUCACAACCACAAAUACAGACACUCAGAGCAUCAGAUUCACACACAACCACACAGUCACACAAAGUCAUGCCAUCACAAGCAAACAGCCGCAGACAUGGUCUUUAAACCACAUGUAACAGUCACACACAAGUCACAAGACAAUGUUGCAAGGACACAGUCCCAGACACUACCUCAUGGUCAGAGCCGUCGCACGUAGCCAUACAAUCACACACAAGUCAGAAGACAACACUGUAACCACAGUCACACAAGCCACGCCCACCAUGCACAACCACACGACUGCACACAAAUCACAGCUUUGCGAACUCACAGUCAUAGACGCUGCGUUACCACCAUGUACAAUACAAUCACACACGUGGCAAGACAACAUUGCAACCAGUGCCGCAAACACUGUCUCAUAGUCACACUCAUCACAAUCACAUACAAGUCACGGACAGCAUCACAACACAGCCUCACAGUCACAUCCAGUCGUAACCAUCACAUCAGAAUUGCACAAGCCGCGUCACAAUCUGACCUAGCUAUGUACACAGCAUUACAAUGACAAACACACAUCACACACACACACAGCCUGGCCUAAGGUUCCUUUCCAGCCAGCCAAGACUAAUAUAUACUGGGGUUAGAACCAUACCCUGUCCCCAGUCCCGGGUCUUGACUGCUGGUCCUUGAAAUAAACGGCAAACAUUUGUAUCUGAA